AUGAUUACUAGAGAAGUAGAUACAAGUGAUAAUACUGUUACUAAGAUUCCAAAAAAAUCAUCAUGGACAAGAUUUAAAGAUCCAAGGAUCGUUCGCGUGUCACGAGCAUUUGGGGGAAAAGAUCGUCACAGCAAAGUUCUUACGGUGAAAGGGCUGAGGGAUCGGAGAGUUAGGCUCUCCGCUCCCACAGCCCUUCAAUUAUAUGAUCUUCAAGACAAAUUAGGGCUAGAUCAACCAAGCAAAGUUGUUGAUUGGUUGCUUAAUGAAGCUAAGCAUGAAAUCGACGAAUUACCUCCACUUCAAAUGCCUCCAAUAAGGGAUCAGACCGGGUUGCCUCUGACCGGUCUGAUGAAGGACGAGGAGGAGACGUUGGUGGUGUCUGAUGAGGAUAAAGUGAAACUAGAUGCGCGAAAUCUUGACCUAAAGGACAAUAGCAAUAACAAUAGCAAUAGCAACAGCUUCAGUUUUGGUCUUUAUCAGAAUAAUUACUCCUCUCAAUCAGUUCAUUCCGGAAGUCAUCAUGGAGUAGCAGUACCACAUGAAUACGAAGAAAUUCAAAACUUCAAUGUUAUGGCGGCCUUGCCUUCAACAAUUUAUAAUAUGCCAUUAAGUUCACAAGUUCUUGUGUAUCCACCUGCAGGAUUAUCACAAUAUUUUUUCAAUCCACAUAAUUAG